GACCCUGGUGGUAAGAAAAGGGAGGAGAAAGAUACCACACUUGGAGGGAGAGAAGGUGAGAGGUUCAGGUUUCACUUUCAGCCAUGAACUCUUCAGAAGAUAACAGACACCAGCAGAGAAAAGAAGAUGUCACAUCUCCUUUGGAAGACGCCGCAAGAGAAAGGAGAAGGAUUUGGGUCAUCGAGGCCUGUGCUGCAGACAAAGAGCAACGUUUCAUUUCACCUUUUCUGGGAUGGAGAUUUCGUCUCACCAGUUUCACCUCUUGGAGCAACUAAAUGAGCAGCGCAGGCAGGACUUGUUCUGUGACUGCAACAUCCUGGUGGAGGGCAAGGUCUUCAAAGCCCAUCGCAAUGUGCUGUUUGCCAGCAGCGGCUACUUCAAAAUGCUCCUUUCGCAGAGCUCGAAGGAGACGAGUCAGUCCACGACUGCCACUUUCCAGGCCUUUUCUCCUGACACCUUCACAGUUAUCCUAGAUUUUGUGUAUUCAGGGAAAUUGUCCCUCACUGGUCAGAAUGUGAUCGAAGUCAUGUCAGCCGCCAGCUAUCUGCAGAUGACGGAUGUGAUCAGCGUGUGUAAAACCUUCAUAAAGUCGUCGCUGGACAUCAGUGAGAAGGAGAAGGAUCGCUACUUCAGCCUGUCAGACAAAGAUGUGAGUUCCAACGGCGUGGACCGAUCCUGUGUGUACAGUGGAGGCUGGAGGGCAGAGAGCAGCCCCCCACAUUCCCACUCCAGCCCAGACCCCGGGACUUGUAUGAUGGGUGGCAACACUUGGAGCAAUUUCAACUAUUACCCCACCUCUCAAAGAAAUGCCCAGCAGCAGCUGUCCAAACACGAGCAGCGGCAGGAUUCCAUCAAGAAAUCCCGGCACCUGGGGCUGCAGCAACCUUCUGACAUCCCCCACUAUAAAUCAAGCAAGCUGGAGGACAGGGCUGCUGAGCCUGCCAGCCACGCUGCACCAGCAGAGGAGCAAGUCCACAUUGACACCGAGGUUGAAGCUCCUCACGUGGGCUACCAGUUUGGCCAAGGGGCUGAGGUGAUGCCCAGGGGCUUGGCUGUGCCUCAGCAGGAGCACGAGUCACCCCGCUCCUCCAGUAAAUCCAAGUCCUCCAAAGCUGAGGAGCAGUAUGGGAACAUGCCCUCCAUCCUGGGAGUCAUGGGCAACUGGGCUGAAGAUGACCUGUCCAGGAUGAGGUUCAAGUGCCCGUUCUGCAGCCACGUGGUGAAGAGAAAAGCUGACCUGAAGCGUCACCUGCGCUGCCACACGGGAGAGCGGCCGUACCCCUGCGAGGCGUGCGGGAAGAGAUUCAGCAGGCUGGAUCACCUCAGCAGCCAUUUUCGAACUAUCCACCAGGCGUGCAAGCCCAUCUGCAGGAAAUGCAAGCGCCACGUCACCGAGCUGACGGGACAAGUGGUGCAGGAGGGGACGCGGCGCUACAGACUCUGCAACGAGUGCCUGGCCGAGGCUGGCAUCGACAGCAUCCGCAUUGACUUGGAGGCUGAGGCUCCUCUGGAGUUCCCACAGGAUGGGGACAAGGAUUCCAGGUGGCAUUAUGGGGGGGACAACAGGUCUGACGUGGAAAUCGUGGAGGACGGCUCGACCGACUUGGUUAUCCAGCAAGUGGAUGACAGCGAGGAUGAAGCGGAGGAGAAGGAUGUGAAACCAAAUAUUAGGUAGUUGGAACCCAAGGAUUGGGAGUUCUGUGGAAGAGGGAGAACGUACUGUGAGCAAAUUGUCCUCUGCCAGCUGGUGGUGAUCCUACAGACACACGUGGUUGCAUGUAUUUAUGGACAAGUCAUUGAGGUUUGUCAGCAGAAACCCCCCCAUGCGUUGUUUUGGUUUAAAAAAAUCCAUCCUGAAAUUCUGGAUAAACAAGGAAACUGCAAUAUUAGGUGGAUAAUUUUUAUAGCAGGCAAUGGGGAAUGUCUCCAAGCCUCUUGCAAAGGAAGUGAGGUUGAAAUACUUUUUAAAAGUCACAGAUUAUUGUAAAUUGCCCAUUUUUUACACUUGCAGAGAGGUGGGGUUUAUAUCAUUUGGCAAUAAGGACCCCCCACACCAGACAACCUCUCUUCAGUGGUCAGAAGUGAAGAGAAUCUUCCAUGAAAUUUCAUGAAAUCUUCAUGUUAUGAUAAGGAAAAAGGCAGCUAAUUAAAAAAGAGCAUUUAAAAUGUUUUGGCACUUUUGUCUGGAAAAGGACUUCUGUAAAAUGCAUUAGGAUGAGGUGAAUCUUCAGUAGAUCCUAUGUUCAAGACUUAUCUCUUUAAAAGAAAAUAAGCACAUGAAUGCUUAACACAUUAAAAUUAAAAAUUCGGAUCAUUAAUUGAUGCCAGUAGUUGUUUUAGUCUCAAAAUCAGAUCUCAGACUGGGCUGUUUCAAUAAGCACUAUAAAAAUACUC